GCCACAACAUAACAACACCUUCCAUCAUGGUGCAUGCGCAUGCGCAUCGUGACCAUGUCGCCAAUCUCCACGCGCGAAGCCCCGACAACGAUGUCACCGUGGUCUAUGUUACUCUAUCUGCAGACUUCGAUGGGCCUAUUGGAGGGUAUGUGACCAUGUCACAAACUUCCUCGGACACAAGCGACAAGGCAACCGCCGGUCUAGGUGCCCCGAUUCAGCAGACUCGGUCCUCCUCGAAGGAGGAAACAACCACGAUCCAGACAAGCGAGAAGACGAAGGUCGAAGCCGCAGCAACCGCCACGAAGGACUCUGAUCGCCAAUCCACCACCACACAGAAGGCAGAGCAGACGACUCACGCAUCGGAGACAGCAAUCACUGAACAGGUUCACACGUCGACGGCCCAAACUACAUUUCAAACCAGCUCCUCUUCCUCGACUUCGGCUAUUACUGGAUUAGAGGAUGCUGCCGUCACUGCAUCGUCCACAAGUGUUCCCGCAGCAUCGGCCUCUCCCACGGCUAUGCCUGCUUCGCAAGGCCUCACUGGUGGUGCGAAGGCAGGAAUCGCUAUCGGGGUGAUAGUAGCAGUCGGUGCGAUUGCAGUUUUCAUCCUCCUCUGGCUCCGCAAGAAAAAGCAAGGUCAGCACAUUCAGGAAGUCGAACCUGAGAAUGAGAAGUACGUGCGCCAGGAUGAUAUCGCACCCCCUCCCCCUCCGAAGCCGGAAUCUGUGACCUCGCCCAGUCCGCCUCAGCUCAACAUUCGCCCUGUGACUCAAUUUGCACCCUUCGCAUCGGAUUUCGCGUCGAACAGUGGUGCGGCUGGGCUCUCUGUGGGUGGCAGUCUCGCACCCGUUGCUGAAUCUGCUGUUGUCAGUCGCUCUCUCACGGAUCAUCCUUCGCCGCCCCAAACACCAAAUUCCAGCUCUCAUGGUUCAGACCCAUUUGGCGACCCUGUCAACCCUUUCAGCAAUGGUGCGGAAGCCCCAUCUCCUCUCGCCUCGAGCACUGCACUUAGCAUUGCAUCUGCACCUAUUUCACCAGUUGUGAGUGCCGCUGAGUCGGAACCGGUUGCUGAAGACGCCAUCGUUACUGGGGUUGCGGCCGCAGCUGCUGUCGUUGGCGUUGCAGCUGUAGCUACUUCUACGUCGAAAACACAAGAGAAGCAACUGCCCGUGUCUCCUGAAGACUCCGAAACAGGUCCCCAAGCUAUUUCCCAAGAGGCCGUCCUAGAUGGUACUCCCACCGCUACUACUCCAAGCACACUCGUCGCUGCUCCUGUCGCCGCUCCUGGACCACGCCCUCCGCCUUCCGGGCCUGCUCCUCCUCCACCAGGAAACGUGCAUCGCGUGCAAAUGGACUUCAACCCUUCAAUGGAGGAUGAGUUGGAACUUCAUUUCGGUCAGCUUGUCAGACUUUUGCACGAGUAUGACGACGGGUGGGCUCUAUGCACUAGACUUGAUCGAUCGCAACAGGGUGUUGUCCCUCGAUCAUGUCUAUCUUCGCGGCCUCUGAAGCCCAGACCCCCUCCAGGUCCUGGAGCUCGUGGCCCGCCGAUGGCAGCGCCCAAUCGUCCUAUGCCCCCUAGGCCCACCACGCCAUCGUCCAGCUUCAAUCCCCCGCUGCCUCGGCCACAGUCGCCUGCUCGUCCGAUGUCGCCUGGCCAGCCCAGCUACGCCGGUCCCGGUCCUAUGCCACUGCGUCUCCCCAACCAGCGUCCCAUGUCCCCUGCUCAGGGUCCACCUGCUCCCAGAUCAUUCUCGCCGGGGCCGGGCCCUAGACCGAUGGCACCCAGAUCAAUGAGCCCUGGACCUUACGGUCUUCCAGGGAUGCAGAAGCCUUCCAUGCCGGCAAGCCAACGGUCACGAAGCAACAGUACGGGUGCUGCUAUGGGGCCCAACCCUCGCCAAGGCGGGUUUCCGGGUCCGAGUCCCUUGGGAGGUCCGAUGAUGCCACCAGUGUCCACCAUUCCCAGGGCAACACCGACCGUUGUCGAAAGCCCGAUCUCGGAGACUGGCAACCGCGAGUGGUGAUUGCCUUGCUUAACUCGGCCUGAACAAACGGAGUCACAGCUUGGUUGACUUCAACGAUAGAGCAAAAUACACGCCACUAUGCUGGAAGCCUGGACAUAGCUUCAGCUGCAGUACACAUCCCCUUUCCCUUUUCACCUUGUCACUUAUUUUCUAUUCUUGAACCCCCACUUUUUUUUUACCUUUCUCCUGAACAGAUAUGUC